AUCACAAACAUGUAACUGGUUUAUUCAACCCUUUUAUUUCACAUCCCAUUUGUUUGUAUUUGUGCGUGUGCUUCAGUUACUGUGUGAUAGGAGACGUUUGCUGCCACUCCCACUCAGGGGCUUGGCCAAACGCCUGCAAAGGCUACAUAAGAGUUGACAUCCAGGUGGAGCAUCACACAGGUGAGCCUGACACUCAUGUCUCCACCCUCCAGCUCUCACUGGACUAGAACCAGGACUUAAACCUUUUUCAUCAUAUGCCUGACGCUCAGCCGCUAUUGUCCUUAAAAUAUGCUGUCAGAAAUGGAGACGAUAUCGUACGUGAACGAGAUCAGGCUGAGCGGAGGUCGAGGAGCCUGGAGCGGAGCGGCCCACUCCUCCUGCCCUGAGGUGGACCUCGAGGUCAUCGAGGAGUACCUGCAGGAGCAUUCGCUGGAGGUCCAGCCUGCGCACACGCCUGCAUCGCCCCCAGCCUCCGUGGGCCAUCAAACGCACUCACACUCCAGACACGACACCCGGAUCAUCGAGAACAGCUGGUCAGGCCAGCAUGCGUAUGAGUGGCACUAUGGUUCCCAACCAUCAAGUGAAUUUGAGGGGCAAGCUCUACCUUCAGCCUGGCCUAGUUCCCAUGACAACCAGUGGGACCAUAUUGCAUAUUCCUAUGAGGUACCUGCAUACAUUGACUCAGACUCACAGUCCAGUAGCUCUCAGUACCAAGAAUAUGAAGACUCCCCGUCACCACUGUCUGAUAGAGGAGGCAGGGAGGACAGACACCCUCUGCCGCUCGCCCCGUUGUCAGGAAAGCGGAAGGAGCGGUUGUUCCAGUUCCUGUUUGAGAUGCUGCAGACGCCGUCAAUGAAGAGCUGCAUUUGGUGGGUCCACUCCUCCACUGGCACCUUUCAGUUCUCCUCCCAAAACAAGGAGCGCCUGGCCCAGCUGUGGGGCCGGCGGAAGGGGAACCGCAAGCCCAUGACCUAUCAGAAGAUGGCACGGGCUCUGAGGAACUACUCACGCACCGGCGAGAUUCAGAAGGUGAAGCGGAAGCUGACAUACCAGUUCAAUGAGAAGACACUGAGAGGCCUCCAGGGAGACUCCAACAUGGCGUAGCAGGCGCCGUGAUGCACGCACCCAAGCGUCGGAGUGGACACUCGAGGCGAUUGUGCGUAGCCUCCAUGUCGUCUCAGCUGACUCUGCUUCUGUAGCUUGUUCUGUACAGAUAAAUCAAUACUGAGUAUUUAGGAGCCAGAUGUGAUACUAGAGGUCAGGCCUGGAGUUGGCACAUCUAUGGGGCAGGAACUCACUUCAUAAGAAACAUGUGAAGGGUCCAAUGGCUUUAAAAAAGGAUGUAAAUCUCAAAGGUUGUCAGAUAAUAUCUACUUUAUAAGUAGCAGUUUAUUGCUUCAAGUUAAGAAAAAUGUAGAUUUCAGACUUUAUGUGUUGUUGUGAUUCUGUAGUACAGAUAUGAGAGUUCAUCUUGACAUUUCUUGUGUUAAUAUGAUCUGUUUCUGAUCUUUUUUGAGAUUAAAUAAAUCAGAAAAUAUUUUCAGAA